AUGUUCCUUGUCAAGGCCUUUAAGCUUGUUGCGGGUGUCCCAGGAGUGACAGAGGCACUCUUCUUGGCUAGACAAUCUGCACUUGCUGAAGAGAAAAAAAAGUCAAGUGAGACCCCCAUGCUUUAUAGUUGUGGUCUUUGUGGCAAAGGCUAUAGAAGUGCCAAGGCUCAUGCUCAGCAUCUUAAAUCACGAAGUCACCUAGUGCAGGCUUCCCCGGGAAAUCAGAUUGGGGGAAGUACAAUAAUCAAGCCACUUGCAUCCCGUGUUGUGAAUAUGCCUCCACAACAAAGGCAGCAACACAAUGAAGAAAGCGAAGAAAGUGAAUGGGAGGAAGUUGACCCAGGUGAAGGCUUGGUUGAUGAAGCCACAGAAUCUUUGAAUCAUUUGGGUGUACAUGAACUUGCCUCCAAUAAGGAUAUGGAUGAUGAUGAUGAUGAUGGAUUUGAAGAGUUGAAUCCUUCUUGUUGUUUUAUGUGUGAUCUAGACCAUUACACAAUAGAAAGCUGUAUGGUUCACAUGCACAAGCAGCAUGGAUUCUUCAUACCUGAUGUUGAGUAUCUGAAGGAUCCAAGAGGCCUUCUUACUUAUCUUGGCCUAAGGGUUAAACGGGAUUUUAUGUGUUUGUACUGCAAGGAUAGAUGUCAUCCUUUUAGCAGCUUGGAAGCAGUGAGGAAGCAUAUGACUGCGAAAAGUCAUUGCAAAGUGCAUUAUGGCGAUGGUGAUGAUGAUGAAGAAGCAGAGUUAGAAGAAUUUUACGAUUAUAGUAGCAGUUAUGUGGAUGCUGAUGGGAAGCAGCUGGUUGCAUCAAAUGACAUGAACAACACUGUUGAACUUGGAAGUGAUGGAUCUGAGCUCAUCAUAACAAGAAGAACUGAUGAUGGAAUAUCAAGUAAAACACUUGGGUCCAGGGAAUAUUUGCGGUAUUAUCGCCAAAAACCGCGGCCAUCACCUGCAAAUGAUCUUGUCAUCACUGCUGCAUUAGCCUCGAGGUACAGGAGCAUGGGUUUGGAAACUGUGCAGUCAAGACAGCAUGUGGUGAGGAUGAAGGUGAUGAAGGAGACCAAUAGAUCAGGGGUGGAGGCCAUGCGUUCUAAGAUUGGGAUGAAUAGUAAUGUGAUCCGCAACCUCCCCAAGAAUGUCCCCCAUUAGUCUUUUGAUGCUAAUAUUCCCAGAUUUAAUGGUGGUGUUAUAUUUUGUCUUGUAAGUUAGAAACUUUCCUUUUUUUCCAAUUUAAUCUGCAUGACUUUUGGAUGGGCAAAGUAGUUAUUUGAAAAACAUGCCAUUUGCAACUCUUAUCAUUUUGGCUUAUGAUUUCGCUUUCAUUGAUGUUUUUAAGAGACUGAUUGUAAUGAGGCUGCGAGUUGAAACCUUUUUGACUAAAUAUGAAUGGUCUUAUGUCUGUAAACAAGCCGUGGUUAUG